CAGGCGGGCGGGGAGGGGGGGACCCCGCCCCCGCCAGGCGUGUGUGUCGUGUGUAUUUGCGUCCCGCGCGUGUUGCACGCCCUCCGCCUCUGCGCCUCCCGCCCCCGAGGCCCGGCUGCUGCCCCAGCGCCCCUCGCCCCGCCGGGCGUCGUGGGCCAACAUGGGCCAGGAAGAGGAGCUACUGAGAAUCGCCAAAAAGCUGGAGAAGAUGGUAGCCAGGAAGAACACGGAAGGGGCCCUCGACCUUCUGAAGAAGCUGAACAGCUGUCAGAUGUCCAUCCAGCUACUCCAGACAACCAGGAUUGGAGUCGCAGUUAAUGGGGUCCGGAAGCACUGCUCAGACAAGGAGGUGGUGUCCUUGGCCAAAGUCCUCAUCAAAAAGUGGAAGCGGCUGCUGGACGCCCGUGGGUCCCCCAAAGGAGGAAAAGGAGAGGAAAGAGAAAAAGCCAAGAAGAAAGAAAAAGAACUUGACUGUUCCAAUUGGAAGCCAGAGGCAGGCCUUUCUCCACCACGGAAGAAACAAGGGGAAGAGCCCAAAGACAGGAGAGAUUCUGUGGAUUCCAAGUCUUCAGCCACCUCCUCUCCAAAAAGACCAUCAAUGGAAAGGUCAAACAGCAGCAAGUCGAAAGCAGAGUCCUCUCCCAGGACGCCCAGCAGCCCCUCAAGCCCCACCUUUGCCCCCUCCAUCUGCCUCCUGGCACCCUGCUAUCUCACAGGGGACUCUGUCCGGGACAAGUGUGUGGAGAUGCUCUCAGCGGCCUUGAAGGCAGAUGAUGAUUACAAGGACUAUGGAGUCAACUGUGACAAGAUGGCAUCAGAAAUCGAAGAUCAUAUCUACCAGGAGCUCAAGAGCACAGACAUGAAGUACCGGAACCGCGUGCGCAGCCGAAUUAGCAACCUCAAGGACCCCAGGAACCCUGGCCUGCGGCGGAACGUGCUCAGUGGGGCCAUCUCCACCAGCCUCAUCGCCAAGAUGACAGCCGAGGAAAUGGCCAGUGACGAGCUGCGGGAGUUGAGAAAUGCCAUGACCCAGGAGGCGAUCCGUGAGCACCAGAUGGCCAAAACGGGCGGCACCACCACUGACCUCUUCCAGUGUAAGAAAUGCAAGAAGAAGAAUUGUACCUAUAACCAGGUGCAGACACGCAGCGCUGAUGAGCCCAUGACAACCUUCGUCUUAUGCAACGAGUGCGGCAAUCGCUGGAAGUUCUGCUGAUAUAGACCUGCCAGCCAGGAUUUCAGCGAACAAGUUGAGGAAGAACAAAGAGAAAGCACUAAGCCAUCUUAACUGGAGAAAAAAUAAAAAUGAAAAUGAAAAAUAAAA